AACGAGCAGCUUAGCGGGUGUAGUGGUGAAGGGAUGAGGGGAAACUGCAGGCCACCUUAGCUGGUGGCGCUGGUCACGCGCCGAUAUUUCACAUCUGGGGUCCCCCAAAGCACCGUUUGGCGAACUGGAUCUUAUGAAUAGAAAAAACAGAGUUGUACUUGUUACUUAUCCCUGUUUCAUCUUGACUUUGUAGUCUUUAUCACCGCUAUAAACUUUGGAGAUUAUCUCAUGGGAUAACACGCGAGAAACGAUUCAUACCAGCUUGCCCAGGCAACUGUUUGCUGGAAAGAAGAACACAAGCUCAGAGAGCUCUUUUUUUGUUUCGUGGCGUUUUCAUUUGCAAGGCUCGCCUAGCACUAUCCCAGCCGAAUUCGGCAGGUCGCUCUCCGACACCACGCUAUUCGCUUCGACGAAGAAUCAGACCACGUCCAGUUGGAGAAUACAAUUGCAUCCAUCAACACACUUGUAACACGGUUAAAAGACAUGUUUAGCACAGCCAACCACAGAAUUUUCUAAUAAAGUAAUAAGAUAACAAGAUUAUACCUUAGGGUUUGCAUCAAAACUGCCAAUCGCCGACGCGACAUAUCAAUAAGCGUGUGUGCAGUUCACUGCUUUGUUUGCUCUCCACAUAGUUUUUUAGCGGAACUUUUGUAUUGUGGCGUCGCGCGCCUUGCCUACGUGUGACUUACUUCGAUUCCCUAUGUUCCCCGAGACCUCAUACUCUAGCUAGCUCGUUCAAUUAAGCAAUGCUUAGUUAGGUAAUGCUGCUACGUUACAGAAUUGGGCCCCCGCGUAGGGUAAAAGACAGAAAGAGACCGAUAUCAGGCCUUACGCUGCAGCUCGGGUCGUGUAAAUACAGAGCCUUCCCCCGCAUUCUACCCCUCAAAAAAGUAAUCGAUCUACGUGACCCCCUCAUGAUCCAAAAUUUUCAAGUCUGCUACUGAAGAUUUCAAUCCAGCCAUGGGCACACCGGCCAGCCCAGACUCCGCCAGUGCGGAAGAAACACCAAGCCCUACGACGGCCAAGGGCGGCGUCUCUGUCGAAAAGACAGAGCAUGUGUCUCCCGGCUGGGCGCCACCGCCCGAGUGGCUUGAUCGCUUGGUCGCCGAGUACACGGACAAGCACGAAGGUGAGGCCCUUCCUCCUGGGUCUGAACCUAUGCGUGUUGCCCAAGCCAUCCUCACGCUCAAUGAGGAGGACUCGGUCAAGACUCUUCUGGCGCUGCGACAAAGCCAGCGCAAUGACUAUACAAUUGACCAAAAGUUGCUACAAAGAUUCGAUGAGCUUGUACAGGGACAUGAGCAUUGCAACAUGGAGCAGGGUGAGUGGGCUUACACGGUGUGUAAGGCCGCUGGAACCGUCCACAACUGGUCCCCUUACGCUGAGGUCCGCGCCGUGACGCUCCCAUAUGACGAUGUGGACGAAGCUUGCGAGAGUUUCCGCGCAUAUUUACUGGGCUUCUUUUGGGUCUGUGUCGUUACAGCUGUGAACACAUUCUUCAAUCCCCGCCAGCCAGGAAUUUCCAUCCCAAACCCGGUGUAAGUCUCACCCUAAAUCUCACGUUCAUUACAAAAAUUGGUUAAUAUCAUACGCCUCUAAGUGUACAACUGCUGCUUGUGCCAAUGGGCAACUUCAUGGCGUGGGCGCUGCCAGAUUGGGGCUUUUCUAUCCGAGGUACACGAUAUACCAUAAACCCUGGGCCUUGGACAUCCAAAGAGCAACUGUUUGCGACAAUCAUUUUCUCUGGUGCUACGACAAUCGGUAACUUCACUGGCCUGCUGGUGAUGCGCCUGCCCAUCUUUUUCAACCAGCGCUGGGCCACGUACGGCUUUGCCAUCAUGCUGGCUUGGGCUAACCAGAUUUACGGCCUCGGUAUGGCUGGCAUCCUACGCAGACUGACCGUGUAUCCGAUCGAAGCUGUCUGGCCUGGCAAUCUGCCAUUAUUGGCUCUCAACAGAACCCUCAUCCACAGCGACAACAAGCGUGAGAACGUCAAUGGAUGGAAGAUGACCCGUUACGCUUGUUUCGUUAUUGCUAGCAUUGUCUUUCUGAUAUACUACUGGAUUCCUAACCAGUUCUUCGCGGCCUUGCGUCUUUUCAAUUGGAUGACUUGGAUUUCGCCCAACAACUUCAACCUGGCCACUGUCACGGGCUCGUAUGGUGGCAUGGGCUUCAACCCGAUUUCCACCUUUGACCCCAAUGUUUCUGGAGGUGACAUCAUGAAGGCUCCUUUCUUUGCUCAACUCCAACAGUAUGUCAUGCGUGUCGUUGCCGGCAUUGUUAUUCUCAUCAUGUACUAUUCGAAUGCGAUGUGGUCAGCCUUCUUGCCCAUCAACUCCAACUCCGCUUUCAACAAUCAUGGCAAGGAGUACAAUGUCAGUCUCGUCUUGACCAAGGAUAAUGUCGUCGACAUCCCCAAGUACAAGGAGUAUGGACCACCCUAUUACGCGAUUGCGAACCUGUUUGUUACUGGCGCCAACUUCGUGUACUACGCCUUCUCCGUGGUAUACAUCUUCAUCAAGUACCGGGCCGCCCUCAAAAAGGCAUUUGUCGGCAUGGUAGUCAACACCCUCAAGAGACGAUCCAUCUACACCGGCUUCGAAGACGGCACUACACGUCUCAUGCGACGAUACAAGGAGGUGCCAGAGUGGUGGUACGCUAUCCUGUUUUCUUUUGGAUUCGUCGUAUCGAUGGUUUCAGUGACCGCCUGGCCAACACAAACACCCUGGUAUUCCAUCUUGGCCGUCACGGGUAUUGGAGCCCUUCUCACGAUUCCCUGGGUUAUUGUGGAAUCGAUUGCAAACACGGGUAUAUCCACCAACGUCAUCUGGCAGCUCCUCCCUGGCCUUUGGUGGCCUGGUCAACCACUGCCUCAGCUUGUGAUUCUCAUGCUUGGCGGUGCUUUUGAGCAAAUGGCAGGUGGCUUCACUGCUGACCUCAAGUACGCCCACUACGCUAAGCUUCCCCCUCGUGCUGUCUUCCGUGGCCAUGUACUUGCAUGCAUUAUCAACUGCAUCAUAUACUGUGCCAUUAUUGAAGUCAUGGUCGUCUACUUCAACGCAGAUGAUACCCUCUGCCGCUGGGAUAACAAGGAGCACAUGGUAUGCGCAUAUGCCAACAACAUUUACUCCUCCGUCAUCUUCUUCGGCGCCUUUGGAACCAACAACAUGUUCAAGCUGUACCCUGUUCUUCCUUGGUGUUUCCUCAUUGGCGCUGUGCUUGGACUCGCUUGGGUUGUUAGCGAAUCUGUUCUUCCGCGCCUCCGUCUGUAUAUCCAAAAGCGCAGUCAGCCCACUGCAUUUGCCAGCUUUGAUCGCUAUCUCUGGAAGCCUCUCGAGGCUGUUUUCAGUACAUUGCAUCCAGCCAUUGCCCUGUCUGGCGCCAUUCAAUGGGCAGGAAACAACAACCUCACCUACGCAACACUUGGUAUCUACCUCGCUUGGUUAUUCCAGUUCUAUCUCAAGCGCCGAUACACUGCUUGGUGGGGCAAGUAUGCCUACCUGAUCUUCGCCGGUCUAAGCGUUGGCGUUGCCAUCUCCGGACUGAUUGUCACCUUGGUGUUCAGCUUCGGAGCGGGCAAGGGGGUUGAAUUUAACUGGUGGGGAAAUACCGUAUCUGCGGCAGGUGUUGAUUGGAAACUCUAUAACAACAAAGCUGCUCUGAGCCCCUUACCAGCAGAGGGAUACUUUGGUCUUGCUCCGGAGGACUACCCUCUUCAGUGGUAAACUAUGCCAAGGAACAAUGAGAAAUGAUACCAUUGCGAGCUGUAUUGAUUUAAUAUAGUAACUAGAAAUCAUAAUAACAAUUUGUUUUCAAUAAUUCAUAC